GUACCUGGUGAAGCUAGUCCAACAGUUGCAGCUCCUACCGUCCCGACCAGGGCUAGUCUGCUACCUUGGGGGUUACUGACUGUGCUAGCUGCGUCUCCAGAUACGCAGACUAGGACAUGUAGGAGACGUUCAUGUAUUUCGUACGACUUCUGGGAGGUUCAGGUGUUCCACGCUUGUCAGGCUGCAUGCAAACAGCAGGGGCAACUUCCACAAACGCCUUGCUGGUCAGCUUAGCUCGUUUUUUUUAUCAACACAAGAUGAUGAUUUCCGUUUAGCGUGCGGAAGGCGGCGCGCGCGUUCAAUUUAUGACAUCACAUCCGAUUUUGGGUGCGGUCGACGUCUAGUCUCGCUGCGCGCGAUUCUCUUUGUGUGUGUGGGCAGGUUUUGCUGGAGCGAAGACGAGCGUGUGAGAGAUCGGAAGAAAACCAUGGCCGAAGGUGCAGGUGGAGCUGUGACGCAGCAGCCGCGCAGCAAGAAGAAGGAGCUGGAGGAGUUCGUGCGAGAUCUGGAUCCACUCCAAGUGCAAGAAUGGAGCGAGCAUGAUGUGGUGGAGAAGUAUCUCCGACCCAUCAACAUGGAGCACCUUGCCAAGCUCUUCACUGAGAACAGAAUCAACGGUGCCGUCCUCAUGGCUCUAGAGGAAAGCCACCUGAAAGAGAUAGGGGUGACAAUGGUCGGUGAGAGGAUCCUGUUCCUGGAGUACCUGAAGCUACUCAAGAAGCACAAGAGGGACGCAGACCGCUCUCGCUCUCUCUGGACCGCCACCACUCCCUACCUCAGUCUGGCCUACCACCGCAACUGUGGAGAGUUCUGUUUCCACCUCUGUUGCAACUGCUGUGUGCCCACCACUGAAUGGAGGGUCACCGGACAGGGAAUCAGGUGGAGGAAAAACAGAGCUGCCAUCAACUGCUGUGGAGACGUGGAGACGCAGUUCAUUGACUACAGGUUCCUGAAGGACCUGGAGAUCCGCAAGGACCCCAAGUGCUGCUGCUGCUGUGUCGGGACCGAGCUCCUCGUCUACGCUGACGACAAAGACGCUGUCUCUGUCCGUCAAUCUAAGGCCAGUGGUGGCACCACAACAGACGCGGAGCCCGUCUCCAUCCUCCACCCAGAGGCCGCUCGUGCUGAGAGCAUCGUUCGCAAUGCUUGGGCCGACGCUAAGCUUGUUGCCGACUAGCUCCCUGAACUACUACAUACUAUGUACAUAACAUAGAGUGCUCUGAGAACUAAUAGAGCAGAGAUGUAAAUGAGAGAGACUUUUGGACUGACUGUUUUCCAGAGUGUUUGUAUAUACUAGAGAUGUCGUUCUUGUGCUUCCUCCUGUGCCGCUGCCAAAGGUCAAUAAUAAAAGCCUUGUGCUAAUGAUUGGACAUGACGAGAUUGGGAAUGCCAGGCUGCUACGCUGCUUCAGGCUAUGAAUAUCAUGAAUAAUUCAUGACUAUGCUAACGCUAUGCAAAUCAACUGUCAGUAGACGAUCUUUCACGUUCCCUGUGGAAAAGUGACUAGAGCGAGAUUUUUUACUUCAUUUCUUCAUCAACAGCUAUCCUUAUAUGAUCCAAGUGUCUUGCAACCUUAUAAAACUGUUGGAGCUCUUAUAAUACAGGAAAUAUGUUCUCCCCUUGAUCAUUUUACACUGGUACCCCACACACGUUUGAGAUGUCAAAUUAUGUGGAAAACAAAGCUGUCUUUAGUGAAUAGAACAGCAGAUUUUCACAGGUUGUCUUUAUGUCUCUCCCCUCUUAUAUAUCUCUUUAUUUCUUGUCUCUCCCCUCCCCUCCACCUCCUCUCUCCUCUCUCCGUCCAUUAUUUCCUCCCCUGCAGUGUUCGUCAGUCACAGUCUACCACUGUGCAAGCCUCAGCGAGGGGCUACAGUAGCGUCGACUCGGAGCCCGUCAUAAUCCGACAUCCCGACAUCCCCAAGGCAGAGAGCCUCAUCAGGAAUGCCUGGCAGGACGCCAAGCUUGUCGCUGACUGAGCCCCGCCCCGCUGGACAGGGGCACCUUGCAAUCAUGGACUGAACUCAAUUACUUCCUAGCUUCAGGAAUUCAUGUACAUAAUACCAUAAGUAGCUAUUCAGACCAUUCAUGGCUUCUGGCUUGUGUUACGACCACUCCGGGUGUCUUCGCGUCUUGAUUAUGUAAUAUUUGCGCGUGCGCAA